CAAAUAUUGGUGGGAAUACUUCAGCCCUCACGGUACUGCUAUUAGAAGACCAAGAGGAUUGAAUCACCCAGGAUCAGCAGGAGAUCAGCUUUUAAAUUGUGAACUUGAAGAUAACAUUGCUUCUAGACAUGGCAGUUUAUAUCUUCAUACUAACUUGUUGGCUAACACAGCAGGUGACCAGCCAAUUAGUCCUCGACAUGGCCAACAACGCAUUUGAUGAUCAGUAUGAGGGCUGUAUUGAAGCAAUGGAGGAAAAGGCACCCCAGCUGUUAAAAGAAGAGCUAAGCAUGAAUGAAAAAUUUAAGAAUGAAUGGGAAAAUGCUAAGAAAAAAUGGAAGCAAAUAAAGUCCAACAUAAACUAUUCAGAAAAUUUCAAUGAUUUCCAUGGAACUGCUAUAGUGGCCUACACUGGGAAAAUUGCAAAAGAUUUUAACCGAGCUGUAAGAGAAUUCAGACUAAAUUCAAGUGGCUUUCAGUACAAGGCCUUCCAUUAUUAUUUGACAAGAGCUCUUCAGCUUCUGAGGACAUCCCAGUGUAACCAAGUUUUUAGAGGCUCUCAUACCAAGUUUUAUUACAGUGGGGCCGGUAGUGUACGAUUUGGGCAAUUCACUUCAUCAUCUUUGAAUAGAAAUGUAGCUGUUUCUCCAAGAUUUCUUGGUGCUGAUGGGACAUUGUUUAUCAUCAGAACCUGUUUGGGUGUUAAUAUCAAAGCAUUCUCUCUCUACCCUCAAGAAGAGGAAGUGUUAAUACCAGGGUAUGAAGUAUAUCAAAAGGUCACAGUAAAACAAACUGGUAAAAAUCACAAUGAAAUUUCCCUCGAAGCUCCCCAAAAACGAAAGAGUAACUUCAAUUGCUUUAAUUCUACUCCAAUUCACAGCAAAUCAGACAUCAAUUUCAACAGUUCAGGCCCUGUGUUCCUGCUGCUGCUGCUACUGCUGCUUGCUGAGCCAUAGCCCUUGGCCUGAAGUCUCUCUUCCUUGACUACAUAUCAGAUUUGUGAGCAGGAUGUUGGAGGAAGGACAAGGAUCAGAGACUUGACUGGGUUCUCCAAUGUCAGCAGUAUUGGGAAGGGUAGGAUCUUUUUUUGUAGUCCGCUUUAGUGCUUGUGUCCCUCACAGAUAUAUGAGGAAAUUACUAAAUCCCACUAUAAAAGUGAGCAUACGGUCUUCAAAUUUACUGCCUGAGAUAAGUUCCUGGUGUCUUGACACUUUGCUAUGGUUACAAAUCAAUAUUUGCAUGCACUGUCAGCAGUGACAAUCUCUUUAAAAUGCAAUUUGUGAUUAAUGUUAUAAUCUAAAGAAAUAAACCAUUCAUAAUCACAC